AUGGAUAAUAGUUUUAUUGAAUUAAUAAAAGAUAUAAAAAAAGAUGACAGUAUUAAGAAUCUAGAAAAGAAUUAUCAGAAAUGUAUUAGUUAUUUGAAAGAACUAGAUAAGAAGAAAUCGAGUGAUAAGUUGUUUUCAAUGAAUUCUGUUAUUAAAGAGAAAUCUUUGAUAUUAUUAAAAUUAUUAUAUUUACAAAUGUUUGGAAAGAAAAUUGAUAAGGAACAUAAUUUUUCUGUGAUUGAAUUAUUGACAUGUAAUAAAUAUUUUUUAAAAAGACGUGGUUUUUUUUUUUUGAAUAAUAUAAGUGAUAAUGAUGAUAUAAUAUUUUUAUGUAUAAAUUUAUUUAAGAAAGAAUUAUAUAAAGAUUCAAUAAGUUCAUCAGAAUAUAAUUCAAAAGGUAUAGUAUUAAGUUCUUUAUCGAAUAUAGGUGCAAAGUUGAUAAAAGAAAAUAUUAAUAUCUUUAAUAAUAAUACAAACAAUAGUAACAAUAUUAACAGUAUGAAUAGUUUUCAUGGUAAUAAUUUCUUUGAAUCAUCAAACGAUGGAAAUAAAAAAAAUAAUUUGACAUCCAUACUUCAAGUCAUAAAUAAAAACAAUGAUGAAAAAAUUUUUAAUACAUUUUUAAUUUUAAAUAGUAUAAGUAAUAUAUGUACUGAUAUUAUGAGUUGUAAUUUAUACAAUGAUAUAUUCUUUCUAUUAAAUAAUUCAAAUGUAUAUAUUAGAAAGAAAACUAUUUUAUGUUUUUAUAAAUUAGUAGUAUCAAAUUUAAGUAUUUUAAAUACAUUUUUUGAUAUAAUAAAAAAAAAUUUUAUCGCACUUUAUAAUAAUGAAAAUCCAUCUUAUGAAAAAUUACCAUAUGAUCAAGUCGACUAUACAUUUAGAAAUAAUACUUGUUUGUGUUGUUUAAUAAUUAAUGUGCUCGCAGAGAUAUUUUCAUAUCUUGAGAGAAGACAAAGGACAUAUGACAUUCAACAAGUUAAAGGGGGUGAAUAUAAAGAGGGGGCAUUUAAUUUAUCAACUAAUAAUAAUAAUAAAAAAAAAAACCAACAAGUUAAUAUAAUACCCACCGAAAAUGAUAAUAAUAUAAAAAAUAAUAGUGAUAAUAAUAAAAAUAAUAAUAGUGAUAAUAAUAAAAAUAAUAAUAGUGAUAAUAAUAAUAUAAAAAAUAAUAGUGAUAAUAAUAAUAUAAAAAAUAAUAGUGAUAAUAAUAAUAUAAAAAAUAAUAGUGAUAAUAAUAAUAAUAAUAACCAUUGUGAUUAUAACCAUUGUGAUGAUAAUUAUAAUAAUUCUACAGAUGAACAUGCCAUUUCUAAUUAUUUAAAGAAAUUUUUAUCCUUCGUUCCUUUUAUUUAUAAUUUAUUAAAUGAAAGACUAAGUAUUAUAGAUAACUGGAAAAUAAUUAAAUUUAUUAAAUUUAUUAAUAAAUUAGUCAAGUAUGAAUACAGAAUAUAUAAAAAAUUCCUACCAAUAAUUAUUCAUAUUUUCUUUACAAAUAAAGCUAAGAGUGUUAUAUUUGAAUGUUAUAAUUUUAUACUUUUUAAUUAUAAAAAAAAUUAUAAUGUUCAUAUGCCUAAUGUAGAUAGUUAUAUUAAUAUGUCUUUAUCAUCUCAAAAUAUGGACACGUCAAAUAAUAUGAACAUUCAUGAUAAUAGUGAUAUAUUUAAUAAUACAUAUAAUAAUAAUAAUAAUAAUAUUCUUAUAAAUGACAAUCGUGAUAGUGACAAUCACGAUAGUGACAAUCACAAUAGUGAUCAUCAUAAUAUACUACCAAACAGUAGUCAUAAUAAAAAGAUGAAUAACAAUUCAGAAGAAUUUUUAUUAUCACAAGAAAAUAUAAAUACACACAAUAUUGAAGAAAAUAAUAACAAAAAAAAAAAUAAUGUUGAUGAUACACCCUUUGAUAAAUUUUUAUUUUAUUGUUUUAAACAAUUAUUAUCUUCUUUUUUUACUGAUGAUAGAAAUAUUGUUUAUAUGACAACCAAUUUAUAUAAAUAUCUUUUUAUUAUUCCAGAUAUAUAUGAAUAUUUUAUACGUUAUAAUCUCUUGAAUGAAUUUUCAAGAAAUAUAUUAAAAAAUUUUUAUCACAAAGAUAUAACUAUUAGAAAAAAGUUAUUGUAUAUAUUAUAUUAUUUAAUAAAUGAACAAAAUUUCCAGCAAAUUGUAUAUAGCAUAUUAAUAUAUUUAUAUAAUCACAACAAUAAUUAUAUUGAUAGUGAUCAUAAUGUCAAAGUCAAACCAUUUGAUUAUGUCGAUGAAUAUAUUCACGUAAUUCUUAAUUAUUGUAUUAAUAAUUUAAAUCAUUUGCCAAACGUCAAUGUUUAUAUUUUUAUAUUAUUUUAUUUAUUAUGUUUAAAAAAUCAUACAAAAGAAAAUGAAAUACUUGAACAAAUACACAAAAUAAAUAAACAAUUAAACAUAACACACAUGACAACCAAUUUUUUAAGUUGUAUUUUUAUUAUAACAUAUGCAUUAGGAUUUAUAAAGGAUACUAUGCAAAGAAAUGAUGAUAUAUAUGUAAAAAAUAAUAAAUUAGAAAUCAAUAAAUUAUUGUUCACAAAAGAUAUAAGAAAUGAUAUUAAUGAUAAUGAUGACCAUCAUCAUAAUAUAAUAAAACAGAAAAAUAUUGAUACAUAUAAUAUUUCUUAUAAUCAUAUACAAAUGCCUAAUACAGUAACAGAUGUUAUAUGUCCUCCUAUACAUAUUAAUAAAGAAAAAGAAAAUUUUAAAAAUAAAUCAUAUUAUGAAAAUGAACAUAAUUAUUAUUUUCUUGAAAUAAUUUCAAACUAUCAAGAUAAGUACGAAUAUAUACUUAUAAACGAUAUUUAUAAUUUAAAAAAAGAAAUAAAAAAUUUCAAUAUAUUAAAUAAAUAUGAUGUAUUUGAAUAUAUUAUUAUUAUUUUAAAAUUAUAUGAUAAAAUAUAUCCUGAUGUGCAUUACAUGCAAGGGGUACUAGACAAAUCAAACAAUGAUGAUCCUUUAUAUCUAAAAAGAAAGAUGAAUGAAGAAUAUCAAAAUGUGCAAGAUAAAUAUGUACAUGUGGAAGAAAAAUAUGUACAUGUGGAAGAAAAAUAUGUACAUGUGGAAUCAAAAUGUGAUGAUAAGAAUAUACAAAUAUAUAAAGAUAAUAAUAUUAAAACAUGUGAAUAUUUUUUAAAAUAUAACAGAUUAGAUCAUAUAAAAAUAGAAUCAUAUGAAUAUAUAAUAUAUUUUAUUACUAUUUAUUUAGAAGAGACAUAUGACAAAAUAAAAGAAUUUAAAGAUAUGAUUUUUUUAAAAAUAUUUUUUUUUACAUUAUAUUUAUUUUUUAUAUCAUUUAAUUCAGCAAAUAUAUUAUGGAAUGUAAUUAAAAUAUUUAUGUUCUUUUUUCAGUUUGAAGAAAAUUAUUCUCUUAUACUUUUUUAUUUUUAUAGAUGUUAUAUACAUGUCAAUUAUUUAAUAGAGAAAAAAAAUGAUGUAUAUAAUUUGGAUAUAUGUAUUUUAAUAAAAAAUAUAUUAUCUUUAUUAUUAAAUACUAAAAAAGAAAAUUAUAAAAACUUUAAUUUUUAUAAUUAUUUUGUUAAUACAAUAUUAUAUUCACAACAAAAUGAAGAAAAUCAUUUUGAUUUAAAUAAACCUUUUAAAUAUGAUGAUUCUUUUUUUUUUAUUAAUACAGAAUUAAAUAAAGGAAAAUCUGAAACGACAAAUAAAAAACAUAAAAAUAUAAAAAAUAAAGAGAAACAAACAAAAAAAAAUAUACAAACUAGUAUAACAAAUGAAUUGCAUAUGUUAAAAAAUAAAUAUAAAGAAUAUAAAGAAAAAUGGAUAAAUACAUUUCCAUUUUAUAUAAUAUAUCAGAAUGAUCAUUUUAAAUUAUAUUUCAAACAUCAAAAAGAUAAUAAUGAAUUAAUUUUAUAUAUACACUUAAAAAAUGAUACUUUUAUACUUUAUAAUUUCAAUUUAUAUACAUCAUUUAAUUUAAUAAAUUAUAAUAUAUUAGACAAACACAAUUCUGAUUAUUCCAAUAUUAAUGAUGAUAUGGAAAAUAAUUUUUAUAAAUAUAAUAUCACCAAUCAAAACAUGGAUACUUAUUCUAAUCAUCAUGUGAAUAAUAAAAAUUAUAUACAAAUAAAAAAUAUAAAUAUGUCUAUUUUUAUAUCUAUAAAAUAUGAUAAUCUUAUGUCAGAUAUAAAAUUCUGUUAUGAGUAUUUUCUUAAUACUGACAAGUUGAAAAAUAAUGGAUUGCUCAUAAUACCGCAUGUAAAAAUGGAUCCUCUAAAUCUAUCGAUGCAAGACUUUAAAAAGAUCAAUAAUAUAAACGCAGUGUUAAGAAAUAUAAACUACCAAAUAACCACAGAGAAAAAUUGCAAUAUUUAUAAACUACUCUUCAGUUAUUUUUUAUUCUUAUCACAAUAUUUGAAUAUAUCUUUUUUAAACAUGAACAAUAUUUUUGUUAAUUUAAAAAAUGAAGUACACAUGAAUGAAUUAAGAAUUAUUUUUUGUAUUUGUAGAAGUGCUGACACAAGCGAAAGCACAAAAAGGCAUAAUAUUAUCCUACUAUUAAAUGUGCAACCUCAGAAAAAAGAAGAAAGUGAUAUGUCUUAUAUUUAUAGUAUUUAUAUAAAAAUGAAAAUUUUAAAUAAUUCACAGGAUGAUAGUAACAAGCUUCUUGAUUAUUUUGAAUUUUAUAUCAAUCAAUUAUUUUUACAAAAAAUUAAAAAUAGCCACUUUUUAUUCUGA